AUGACGAGCCGUCGCCGUGACAUGCGACAGCACCUGACUUUCCCGCCAUCAUGCCUCCUUAUCCUCUGCCCCGUGGCAUCCACGUGUCGUGCGUGUCUUCCGCCUAUGUUCUCGGCAGCAGCAAACGGCUCCCCUCCGAACCCUUAUUGGGAGAUCGACUUCGACUGGCUGAGUAACGAGAACCAAAUCGCCAUGACGCGAUUCGCCGUGGCGCAGCACAACGCCGCCAAGCACAGUCACUCCCUUCCCUUCAUUCUUCAACGCUUCCCCUUUUCUUCUCCCCGUCUCCCCUUCCCCCUUCUCCCCUUCUCUCCUUCUAUUUUCCCCUUCUCCCCUACUCCCCUUCUCUUCUUCUUCCCUUCUUCCCUUCUUCCCUUCUUCCCUUCUUCCCUUCUUCCCUUCUUCCCCUCCUUCUUCCCUUCUCUCCGUCUCCCCUUAUCCUCCCCGUCUCUCGCCUCUCUACGUCAGAACGACAGCCUACAGCCAGUCGGAGUUCUCUAUGUGGAGCGCGCAGACAUUGCCAGCACAGGCAAUGGCAGCGCAGGCAACUCAAGCGCGGGCGGGGAGGAGUACCUUGUGACACUGGCGGCUCUCAACCUGCUGCGCGGCCGCACUGCCGUAUUCGACGCCCUCCUCUCCCGCCGCCCUCUCCAGGCAGGGUGGGGGCAUGCGAGCACGCGGGAGGAGCAGGAGGCGGCGCUCAGGCACGUGGUGCCGGUGACCCCCCCUCCGUGUGGCCACCUGUUGACUUACGUUGACUCCUCAGAUGCUGACGUGCAGCGCGUGGCACGAGAGGCGGUGGCGAGGGUGAAUAAGAGACAGGGAAGCGCGCUCCUGCUGAUUUCGGUGGUGGAGGCACAGGUGUUGGUGCCGUCAUACAGAUACAGAGAGUACAAUUUCACACUACUGGCAGCAGAUGAGGGCACCGGCAUGGCGGCUCAUUAUGCCACGCACGCACUGGAUAACAGCAGCGGCGCCACGCCUGAUACUUCACAAGGGGGGAACGCGAGCGGGAGGAGUUCGGUGAAUGUGACGGCGUUUGCGGUGGUGGCGGGGACGCAGCGGAAUGCAACAGCGGGGGAGAUGGGCGCGGCGGCAGCAGGGGGGUGUGCCGGGAGGAACGGGAGCAGCAGCAGUGCUGGCAGCCUCUCCUCCUCCAAUGUGACUCUGCUGGAUGUGCUUGCAGCGAGGGCGAAUGUGGUGGAGGGGGCAGGGAUCGACAACAGCGUGACUGUAACAGCAGCAGCGGCGGAUGUACCGCCUGCAGCAACGGCACCUGCAGCACUGCUGACUGCGCCUGGAAUCAAAGCCAAGGCAGCAGGCGAGGGGGCAGUAGACGAGGGAGGGCCAAGGGAGCAAGUGGUGGUGGUGAAGGUGGUGGUGUGGCAGCCGGUGCCCUUCACAGGUCACCGCCUGGUUGACUUCUUUUCUCCUGGAUGCGGGAGGUGGUGA